AUGGAGGAAGCGGAAAUUUGGUUUAAGCUUCAAACCGUAGAGCUGGAAGCAAGCAUACCAACGCCACAGAUUGCAGGGCAACCUCUUACAUGGACUAAACCGGCAGCUGGGUUUGUGAAAUGUAAUGUGGCAUGUUCCUGGUCAGAGGCUUCUAACACCUGUGGAGGGGCAUGGCUUGCUCGGGACUCCAAUGGUAAAGCUCUUUGUCACAGUCGUAGGAGGUUCAGUGGAAUUUCAUCUCUUCGUCAGGCGGAACAGAUUACUCUCUCAUGGGCAGUGGCAGCUAUGAAAGAUAUAAGAUGGCAACGGGUAAUAAUGGAAGUCUCCUCCCCUCGGUUACAAGACUUACUCUUUGACCCAAGAGGUCUACGUGACCAAUCACCAUGGGCGCUGGAGAUACAUAAUGCGCUUCUUACUUUUGAAAUGGGGUGUUUUAAUCUGGUCUCGAUGGAAGCAAAUACCCUUGCAAAAGAUAUAGCUACCAGUGUUACCAGGGACCAUAGAUACCAAUCUUAUGUAGCGUUCAAAGGGCCGGCGUGGCUUGAAGAACGUAUCCUUCAGGAAGCAAUAUCUGCUAGAUAG